CUAGUUUUAAAGUGCUUAAGUGAUAAAAACAGUGACUAAAAUAAUGAGUAUGUGAAGUACGUAAAAGGUAUUUCAACAAGUACGCAAAAAAUAAUCAAAAUGCAGCUGCUUGGAUUGUUGUUUAUUUGCCAGUCAGUUUGCUUGUGGCACAUUGCAGCCAAGCUGCAUGAGGCAAAAUCUAUGGGCAGAAUUAGGAAUGUAUACGAUAGGAGGAUUGAGGAUUUCAACUACUCGAAUGCUGAUUACAGUGCACAGCAGGUCGAUGCAGACAACAAUCAAUUGCGGGUGUUGGGGGAGGAUGAGGUCGAGCUGCAGGAGGAGGUGCGGCAAAUACCCGCAGUGCAAGUAAAAGUGACAAAUGAAGUGGAAAGUGCCAUGAUGAGGGCAACAACAGCAGAAGAAGAUGAGGAGGUAAAAGCAGUAUUGGAGGCGAUACGACUGCAGCCCAAUGGAAAUUACCAGAACAAGGACAGGCCGGACAUACAAAUUGAGAGGACAUCAAAUCAGGACAUCAGCAGCAGCAGCGGGGGCUUAAUGAGCCCCGACGCGCUGCCAAUAUCGGAAAAGCAUAAUUCUGGCAACAACACCAACAAUGCGGCUGGCGAUGAGCAACUAUUACGAUUACAGGACUACAAUUUACUGUACAAUGCCGAGCGGCAGACAUACUUUCAGCUGCACUCGAGCAAUGAGCGUGGUACAAAUAGACCGCCGCCAUCGAGUGGCAAUCGACUGUUGCAGCAGGUCGUUGGCAACACGCUGAGCGCCGCCUUUGGCCUGAAUCCGAAUGACGAUGACGUUAAGAAUACUUCCAUGGAGAUGACCACUACGCAAACGGUGCGGCUCUAUGAUGCCGCCUCCCUGCGACAAUCGCGCUUCAACCCAUUCCAACCGACGCGCAUCAUAAUACACGGCUGGUUGGGCAAUGCACAUGCCAAUGUCUACAGCUAUUUGGUCCCCGCCUACAUGACCCUCGGCGACGGCAACUACAAUAUUUUCACCGUGGACUGGGGCCGUGGCGCCAUUGCCGACUAUAUAACGGCUAGCUAUAGGGUGAAGCCUGUGGGUCAGGUGCUGGCCAAGUUUCUGGACUUUCUGCACGAGGAGGCGGGCAUGCGGUUUGAGGAUCUGCAGCUGAUUGGCUUCAGCAUGGGUGCCCAUGUGGCUGGUCUGGCCUCAAAACAUUUGCAAACGGGCCGCGUGCGUGUGAUACGCGCCUUGGAUCCAGCUUUGCCGUUUUUUCGCUAUGCCCAGGAGAAGGAGCGACUGAGUCGCAGCGAUGCGGACUAUGUGGAGGUAUUGCACACGAGCGUGGGCAGCUAUGGAUUUGAUCGUCCACUGGGCCACGUGGACUUCUAUGCCAAUUGGGGCAGCCAGCAGCCGGGCUGCUUCUGGCACGAGUGCAGCCAUUGGCGUGCCUUUGCCCUCUUCAAGGAGAGCCUAGAAAAGAUGGCCUUCGAGGCCAAGGGUUGUCAGCCCAGUGAAUGGCAGCAGUUGACGCGCUACAAGCGCUGUCCAGAGCCCACGGGCCAACGGCUGCACAUGGGCGGCGAUUUGGGCGAGUUAUCAAUGGAGCAGCUGGCGCAGCGUAUGGGAGUAUAUUAUUUUGAGACCCAGGCGAAGCCACCGUACGAUAUGGGCGCAGCAUUAUAGUGGAGCAGCAUUCAGUGUGGGAAAUGGCAUGAAAAAUGAAAAUAAAAAAUCCAAAAAAU